AAAAAUCAAAAAUUUUGAACUUAUCGAGAGUUUGGGAAAAACUUUAGCCUUCAAAUUUUUUUCGUUACUUGAAUGUAAAUUUUAAGUCGAGAACUUUUUAAACUUUUCUUGAAAUAAAAAUUUUAGUUUCAAAAUUUAUUAUGUAUUUGUCUACGGACAAGAAGCCACAGUCUAAUUGUAAAAUAGAUUUUGAAUGUGGAAUGCAGCAGUCUACGGGUACCCAAUCCAUUGGAGAUGGUGUUUCUAGUGCUAAUAACACUGACCCAGAAUGCUCAAAAAAACAAGUUAUGAGUGUGAAUGUUUCACGUAAGUCUGGCCAACCACCUAUGUUGGUAGUCCAAAAUGAGUUGGUACCAGAUCAACAUGAUAACAAAUGUGGAAGCAAAAAGCAGUUUGUUUCAAAGCCGCAUCUAAAUGGUAAAUCAGGAGGUCAUGAUUUAAUUGGCGACGGUGUAGAUAUUGGAUCUAAUUCGAAUAAACAUUUAACUGAUGUGUCAAAGGGCGCGGUGCGUAAGUCAGGUUAUGCGAAAAAUUCUGCUGAGGUGUCCAGAAAAUUGAAUCGUGAAAAGGAUUUGGACUGGCCAAAUAAUUACUCACAAAAUCCAAAAAAAGUGCUUCGUGAUUUCCUUGAAUCACAAAGCCAGAAUAUGUGGCUUGAUGAUACCGAAACUGAAUUUGUUUCAAAGAUUAAUUUUAAUCCACGCAAAAAAGAUGCUAGAAGACCAUUACGUAAACUGAACCCUUUAUCCAAACCAACUGCAGCCGAAGCUUCGCUGCGUGCCAAUAUUUUAUCUUCAACUAUAGAUAGUAGCUUUAUUGAAGGUUUCGAAAACAAGCGCGGUAGUGAAACAAAGCUUCCGCAAGAAUUAUCAAAUCACAGGUCAAUUGACGAGUUUCAAAUGCUUCAAGCUUUUCUAAAUGAACAACAAGUGUGGAAUGAAUUCAAUCCAUUUACUUCCAAUUCCGGAAUCGAAAAUAGAAAGCUUGAAAAUGGAGCAACAAAUAAAAGAAAACCUUUUGCGAUGAGUACAAAAAAUAAUGAAUCUCAUGAAUCAGAGAUUGGGUAUGCUUCUUACUUGGACGGUGCAGGUAAUGAUUUACUGGAACAACUCAGUUUCGAAUACCCAGACUGGGAAAAUGAGAAUUCUGCAUCUAUGCCCUUAGACAAUUUAUCAUACAUGUUAAUUAAUCAAGAAUUUAACAUGAGCCUACCUGAGGAAAACACAGUUACGGAAAAUCUCGCUACAGGGUUUACAGCACCAACUUCUUUCGAAGAGCAAUACUCUAUUGCAUCAAAUGCAGAUAAAGCUUCUAAGUUCCCUAUGUCCUUUAAUCAGGAAUUAUAUUCAAGUUUAUUUAAUGAAUACACAAUGAACGAUUAUUCUGUAGAUUCUGCAAAACAGCCUUGUGUUCGUAAAUCAUCACUAAACUUUAUGAAAGAACAAAAUUCAACUAAGCCAUUGGUGACAGAUGGCAAUGUUGAAAGUAAUCCAAAUCAAACAAUCAAGUUAAGUGCAUUUGAAAAAGGAAUUUGGAACAGUACGGAAUUGAACUUUAUUAAAAAAUUAUCGAGAAUACAAAAGGUGUUGGACUGCAGUACCACUGAGAUGUUUAAAGGUUGCGAUGUGGAUAUGCUCCAACAAUUGGAUAUAUUGGAACCAGAUGCGCUACAAAAGCUGUUAGGCUUACAGGAUGAUACCACGAAAAUUAAAACUGCUGGAUCUGCUAAUGUUUCGUCUAAUUUGAAAGCGGUGGCAAUCAGUAAGACACACAACACACAUCAUUCAAAAGAUUCGGACCAAGAAGAAGGAGCAACCUCCUUAAAUAUUAGUCCAACUAGAUCCCAGAAAUCUGAACUUAAGCAUAUAUCAAAAAUGUUUGACAAAGUCAAUAAUUCUUUUGAACAAAAACUGCGUUUAAUAGACAAUAUUGAAGUAUUGAGAGAACUUAUUCUUAUAGAAGAGGACAAAGCUCAACGAAUUGAAAUGCUGGCUAUGGAAGAAAUGUUAACCCAGUCUUUGAUGAACAACUCUCUAUUUACUGAAUAUGAAGCAAGUACCCAAAACUCAGAAGAAGAGUGUUCACAAAACUCAGGGGAAGAAGGUUCCCUCGAGAACUGAUGUAUCAAAAAUAUAAACGCAUUUUCUGUUUAGCUUUAUAUGAUACACACGAUUCAAAUAUGCCAGUGCAAAAAUGAAACUGGUGAGGAAUUUGUUGGGGUCCAGGAGGUGGUUAGUUACAAUUUUAUAUCUGAUUAUUAAAUGCAUAAGUAAAAACUUUAGGCUUAAAAAUAUGUAGCAAAGAAAUUCAAAAUCUUUUUUAAGUUUAUUUCGAUAAGGAUUAAGUGCUUUUAAUGUAAGAAUAUUGUUAUUGCUGUUACUUGAUCACAAAUAUAUGUGUUUAAUGUCAAUUCUAA